GCGUGAGCAAUGGCGUCAGUUCGGAAUUUGCGUUUUGUGGUGUUUAGUCUAUUUUAAGUGCAAACCUCAGUUUUAAGUUAAACUCAAAAUUAUGUUAUUUCGGUGUGAAAAAUGGUCAAAAAACUGCAAAGAUGCGUUUAACGUAAUAAUUUGAGUUUUUUAUGAGUAUAAUUGCGAAUUUUGUGAACUAUGAGCGGAAAUGGUGACGAGGGGAAAGAGUCCCACAAGUCCUUGCCUCUGGACUUGGCCCGGACACAAAUAACCACUGUCGGGAAAGCCCCCUUAUUGAUGACGAGUCAAGCCUUACGUGGAAUGCGAGUCCUGACUCAGGGAACGCCCCCAAACUCGGGCCAAGUCUCAAACGCCCCCACAAUAAUCACAACAAACAUCGUCCCCCACACCGUAUUCAAGCCAGAUGCUGCAAGGACGAGUUCUGCUAGCAUCACAAUCCAGAGACCUGCCCAAAUCACGCUUUCCACAGCCCCCGUUCCAUGUGGGACCACGUACCACGUGCCGCGGGGUCCGGCAGUCGUGGCGAAUCUAGCGGCGCCUCGGAGCAACGUGGCGUCGGUGCGCGCCCCCAUGGUGGUGGCAGCGCAAGCGAGCGGGUUUGUGCGGCCGCCUCGGACUCCAAGUCCCGCUCAAGGCACAGCCUGGCUCACGAACACGUCAAAUGGGUCGCAGAUUAAGGGGGCGACGACUGUGUUGAGUUCGCCGGUUAGAGGGGCAAGUGUCACAGGGAAGCCCCAGCUUGUCUCUAGGGCGCAAACGGGGCUGCAGAACGUGUCGACGAUUAGGCCAGGGACUACGAUUUUGCAUUCUGCGAUCACAAUCGGACACUCGUUUAAGCCGGGACAAAACGCGUCCGGGAUUCAGGGGUUAGGGAAUGUUACUAUUGCACAGGUGCUGCCUUCGAGGACCCAGGCUGUGGUUUAUAGUGCUAAUACUAGUGGACAGUUUACGGCGACUCCGAGACUUACAGUGAGUUCGUCACAAAAUCAGAGGCAAAAUGCUGCAACAAGACCUGUGGUAACGACGGCACGUUUGACGAUUCCGGUCAAUGUUACGCAAACAAGUGGGCGUUUGGUGGCCCCCCAAGCGACUGUUUUAACCUCGGGGGCGAGGAUCACAGCUGUGGCUUCGCAACCCUCUUCAGUUAUUGGUACAACAGCUAAUAGAAUCGUUUCAACGCAACCGAAUGUUACAAUAGGGCGGUUAUCAGUUGCUGCAAGUCCUGCACAAGUCUCAAACUCCAAUAUUAUAGGUCAGACGAGGACGCUUAAUCUCCUCGCCGUGGCUAAUACUUCGCAACCGAGAAGUGUGCACACGCAAGCAACUAAAGUUAUAACACAACCGGCUCAAGGUGCCAUUCAUUUUACUCCAAUACCGGCUGCUGUGAAGACUACGCAAACUGUUGUCACGGCUGCUAAUCGAACUGUUAAUGUCCCCACUGCAAUAGUUAGUCAAAGGCAAUCAGCGGUUGUUUCUUCGCAAACUAUACCAAUUGCUAGUGUGUAUUCUCAACAAGGCGAUAAUCAACAAGGACAAACUCCAACGGCCAAUGUUUUUAUUCCGUUGUCGUCGGUGCCCAGGAGGACUUCCCCCAGUCCUACAACUGCACCCCAAACCAGCAUCAACACAACAACAAGCAGUGUAACAACAUAUUCUCUCGCAAGUACGUAUUUUUACGAUGGUCGUUCUUUCGGCCAACAACCGACAUCUUUCGCCGCUCUUCCACAAGCACCCACUCAACAAAUACGACCAUCGUCUCUAAACACACAAGUCCACGGCAUUGUGACCAAUCAACAAAUGCGCUUUAACCCAGUUAUGGUGGUGGACCAGAACCGUACUCAACAAUUCUCGGGCCAAUCAGAGCUAAACUCGGAGCAAUCUCAAUCCGUACCGACAAAAAUGACGUCAUCGCCGCGUCCGAGCAUUUUACGCAAGCGCGACCACGAGGGGUCGCCCCUCAAGGCGGCCAAAAACCUCACACCGGUGUUGACCAACCUCACCCAGCAGCCCCUUCCGUCGAUUUCGCCCCCUUCGAGGCCCGAUUCGCGCGGAAAUGGGCAUAGUUCAGGCGGGAGCACCACCAUAUCAGCGACGUCCAGUCCAGGACUGGCUGAAGUGAAUGAAGAUAGUAUGCCACAUGCCCCCAUGAAUAAGGAGGAUGAGGGUGUGAAGCCCCCCAUGGAGAUGAGUCCGAGGAAGAAGCCAAGGAAGCAACAACUGACUGGGAGUAAUGAUAUUGAUGAGCAUAAUGAUGACAUGCAGUUUAUUACUGAUAGUUCGCUGAAGAAGGAACAGGAGGAUUCUGAUGGAAAUCAGAGUGAUGAGCCGAGAGAUGGGGCCCCGGAGGCGGGGCAAGUGACGACUGUUCGAAAACCAGCGUCAGCAAGCUUGUUGAAUAGCUAUAGGCAGACGUGGAAGGCCACACAUAAUCACUAUUUGAGGUAUUCGGACGUGAGACCCAAAGAUGAGCGGAGGCCUACGAUCAUGGAUUUGGCCAAUCAGUACAGAGUGCAAGAGAAGGUGAACGGUUGGAAAAUCUAUCAUCUUUCGACUCAAAUGGAGGAUUUGGCCGAGCAAGAGCAGCAAGUGUACAACCAGUUGAACGAAUUGCUUAAAAACACCGAAUCUCAAGAGGCGUUAGACUUUGAGAAGGAUAUAAACCGAAUCAACGAACUUAUCAAGGGUAAUUUGCAAAGGAUUAAAAUCAUCAACGAUGGAAUGAUUGAAGCGAAGACCCAAAUUAUGAAAAUCUUUGACCAUAAGGGUCAUGUCACGGAUAUUAUUAAUAGAUGUGCCAGUAAACGUAACUUCAAGAAACGGGAUAAAUCGUAAAUUUGUGAUUUGAUUUUUUUUGCUUUGAUUUUUUAGACAUUAGGUCGGAGAUCAAGAGAAAAGUAGUUUUAUACAGAUUGCGUGUAUAUUUUUCUGAGUUUUUCUUGUAUUUAUUAUUUGAUGUUGAUAUUUUGAAUUAUAUAGAGAUCUUAAAGUAGAUAAGCGGUUUUGUAAUAAAUCAAAGUGUGCAGUUCUUGUACACGGGCUUGUAUGUAUAUUAUUACAUCCAUUGGUGGAUGAGACUAAACUUUUCCAGUGAAUUACUGUUGAUGUUUAUAAUAAAGUUGGUUUAAAUUUC